CUACUAUAACUUGGCUGACAUAUAAAAAGAGUGUGUGAUCUGGUCUGUUUGUGUCCCAUCUGUCCUUGGGAUAAAUUUAACUUUUCUGAGCUACCUCAAGUAACACACAGCCACGUACAGCAGCAGCAGAUACUACUACUUUGACUCCUGACUUAAAACAAGGUUAAAAGGUAAACGCCCAGUAUUAAAUAUGUUUUUCAGAAUUUUACCUGGAGGUCCAUCACUUUUAUCAUUCGUUACUGACCUAAAGGCUACUUUUAACAUUCUCUUUGGGGACACCAAAAGCUGGGACAUUUGUUUUCGCACUUUCAAUGGGCGAAGUGAACUGUAAAUGUAUAUGACUUAUCAGAUGUCUCAAACUAGACUUAACUUACAGGUAACACUCAUGAUGGAGGAGGAAAGAAAAGAAAACCAGAGUGAAGAGCUGGGUACUUUAACACUUCAAGAAAACCCUCAGGAAACAAGUCACAAUGGGUCUGGCCUGCCUGCAGCAGUACCCAAAGGUGUGCCCAUACAGUCCUUCUCCUCUCUGUUACCAAAGGCCCUCUCUGCUGUACUACAUCCCACGCUGCCCCCAGGCCUCAAAUCCGACACCCAGCCGAGCAGAAGUCUAGCGCAACACUCUUUACCGAAAUUGGAACAACUGCAGACGGAGCUGAGAGACCUGCGGGACGAGUUUGAACAGAUGAAGAGCCAGCACAACAAAGAAAUUAAACUGCUGAUGAAUGAGCUGGAUGAGGAGAAAAGGAUCCGUUUGACUUUACAGAUGGAGAUUCAACGUAUGAAGAAGCACAUGUCUAAAUGAGUGGAAUCAUCAAAGACAAGAGAUCCUGAUUUGAAGCAAAAGAACCAAGUUUAAAGAGCGAGCGGUGAAGUUUUCGACACGCGGUCGGAUUUUGCCUCAGAAGUUGGACUCUUCACAUGGAAGGGG